AUGGCGGAAGAGAAGGAUCCCGCACAAACCGGGACAGCCCCCGAUAGCCUCCCACACGCCGUCCAUUCGCAUAGCAGCAGCAGUCAGGCCUCGGAAGGAGGAAACCUUGACUCGACAUCAAACGACGGCACCUCUGCCGACACCGACGUCGACUCCGAGUAUGAUGGCCACCGCCCCACGCGCUCCGAGAUAAUACGCCGAACACGAACCCAGAGCCGGCGCCGGACAAGCAGCAGCGCAACCACCACCCGAACCACGACCGACUCAGAUUCCCUCGCCCGGCCCCUCUCACGGCGCUCAACCAUUAUCCUCUCCACCCUCCGCUCGCGGCCAACCGCCGGUGGUGGUGGUGGCUCUGGUGGUGGGCCGUACACCUUCACCCACCCACUCUCGCACGUGCAGACGACUCCCGACCAGCUCGUGGACUUCGACUCUCCGUCAGACCCGUACAAACCCAUCAACUGGCCGCUGCGGGAAAAGGUGAUCACGACGCUGCUGUACGGGCUGGUGACCAUGUCAGCGACGUGGGCGUCGUCGUGCUACUCCCCCGGGACGGCGCAGAUCGCGGCCGAGUUCGCCGUCUCGCCCCAGGUCGCCAUCCUCGGCACCUCGCUGUACAUGGCCGGCUUCGGCAUCGGUCCGCUGCUCUGGGCGCCCCUGAGCGAAGUCUAUGGUCGCCGCCUGGCUGUUUUUGCUCCUAUGUUCGUGGCUAUCUGCUUCAGUUUUGGUAGCGCCACGGCAAAGGAUUUCCAGACGCUCAUGCUCACGCGGUUUUUUGGCGCGCUGUUUGCCAGCGCCCCCGUUACCAACACGGGAGGUGUGCUGGGGGAUCUGUACGGUCCCGCCCAGAGGGGCAUUGCCAUGGCCGGGUAUGCCAUGGCUGUGGUGGGUGGGCCGGCGUUGGGGCCGAUUGUUUCUGCUGCUCUGGUGGCCGCGCCGGGACUCGGCUGGCGGUGGACCGAGUAUGUUGCGGGUAUGCUGCAGGGCGGUGUGCUUACCCUCGCUGUGGCUCUGAUCGACGAGACGUAUCCGCCCAAACUGCUCGUCUACAAGGCCCGUCGUUUGCGCGUUGAAACCGGCAACUGGGCUCUCCACGCCAAGUUUGAGGAGUGGGAUGUGAGUGUCGCUGAGCUGGCGCGCAAGUUUCUUGUCCGCCCCGUGCAGAUGCUCUGCACCCCGAUCUGCUUCCUCGUCGCCCUGUAUGCAAGCUUUUGCUAUGGCAUUUUGUACAUGCAGCUUGGUUCGAUUCCAAUCAUAUUCGGCGAGGUGCGGGGAUGGGAUGACGUGAAGGCUACUCUGCCCUUCCUGUGCAUCUUUAUCGGUGCUAUCCUCGGUUGUGGUUUAAACGUGUAUAACCAGCUGCUCUACAAUCAGGUCUACCGCGCCGCAGGACGGAGAGCCGUCCCCGAAAGGCGGCUUCCACCGAUGAUGAUCGGUUCGGUUCUGUUUGCUGGUGGCCAGUUUUUGUGCGGUUGGACUGCAAAGCCGGAUAUUCACUGGGUCGUACCCUGUCUAGGGCUGGUCAUGCUCGGCUGUGGGUUCUUUACUAUCUUUCAGGCCGCCUUGAAUUAUCUGGUCGACACCUUCACCUCGUACGCCGCCUCGGCCGUGGCCGCCAACACCUUCCUGAGGUCGUGCUUUGCCUGCGCGUUCCCGCUCGUGGUUGGACCUAUGUAUCACAAUCUCGGGGUCGGGCCAGGCUCGUCGAUCCCCGCAGGGUUUGCGUCGCUUUUGAUCCCGGUGCCAUUUGUGUUUUUCAAGUAUGGGAAGAGGAUUAGGGCAAGGUCCAAGUGGUCAAAAGCGUCGGUGCACGAGGGCGUCAAGGGGAAACGUGGUACUUAA